CACACGGAAACGACGUCGUGUGUAAACCUCAAAACGGUGACGUUUAAGAGUAUAGAACCACCCUAAAGCCGAACACAGAGAAAAGGCGAGAGAAGAUUUUGAACAUUGGGUUUGGUAGAAGCAGAGAGAGAGACAUCGGUUUCUCUAUCAACAACAAUGGAUGAGGAAAGAGGAGAAGGAGAGAAGGAAGAAGGAGAAGUGAAGGAAGGAGUAGCAUCAAUAGCUUUAUUGCCAUGUGGUUCUAUCUCCGGCCAUUUCAUUCACACGCCUCUCUCCAUCUGUUAUGGCCUCCAUGGCACUGAACUGGCUUGUGAGACUGAGUGCAGCCGUGGUGAGGAUUAUCGGUUGAUGAAGCUCACCAUCAUAGACUACAAUAGUAAGAAGGAACAAACAGUUGUGGUGGAAUGCAAAGGCCACGAUGCUGCUCGGAUCAAUGAUGUUGAGCAUGCUCAUGGUUGGGAGGAAGAUGUGAUAGGAUUAGUCGAAGAGAAGCACGGAAAGAAGAAAGUAUCUGUUUCCUUCGAGUGUGAGACAUUAAAGGCCGAUCAAGCAGCAGAGGACCAUAUAAAACAGUUUAUGCCCAAGUUAGCUGGACUUGAUGCUGUUAUUAACAUUGGACCAAUGAAGAUCACUGGGCUUGAUUUUGCUGCGGUGGAAGAGGAACGCGCAAACUAGGACAACUUUCAACUCUUUCCUUUUUGUUUCAUCUCGUAAAACACAAUCAGAUUUUGUUAAGUGCAAAUGCAAUCAAGGAUCUAGUUUUGUUGAAAAAGGACUUAGCAGUUGUAAUCUUUCAACGCUCUUCUCAUCUUAAUGCUAAUAAGAGGCUGCAGUUGUGCAUA